AUGAAGGUGAAAGGCAGAGGAGUCAGCUGCAUGCUGGCCUCCUUCGCUGUGAUCUGCGUGGUGACCACUCCCGGGAGCAGGGCCUGUCCUCGCCGCUGUGCCUGUUAUGUGCCCACAGAGGUGCACUGCACAUUCCGGUACCUGACCUCCAUUCCAGAAGGCCUCCCACGCGAUGUGGAACGCAUCAAUUUGGGGUACAACAGCUUGGUUAGACUGACGGAAACAGAUUUUUCUGGCCUGACCAAAUUGGAGUUACUCAUGCUGCACAGCAACAGCAUCCCUGCCAUCCCUGAUAAGACCUUCUCGGAUCUGCAGGCUUUACAGGUCUUAAAAAUGAGCUAUAACAAAGUCCGAAAACUUCAGAAAGAUACUUUUUAUGGCCUCAGGAGCUUGACACGAUUGCACAUGGACCAUAACAAUAUUGAGUUUAUAAACCCCGAGGCUUUUUAUGGACUCAACUUUCUCCGCCUGGUGCACUUGGAAGGAAAUCAGCUCACUAAGCUCCAUCCAGAUACAUUUGUCUCUCUGAGUUACCUCCGGAUAUUUAAAACAUCUUUCAUUAAAUACUUAUACUUGUCUGAUAACUUCCUGACUUCCCUCCCUCAAGAGAUGAUCUCCUAUAUGCCUGACCUGGAAAGCCUUUAUCUGCAUGGAAACCCAUGGACCUGUGAUUGCCACUUGAAAUGGUUGUCUGACUGGAUACAGGAAAAGUCAGAUAUAAUAAAAUGCAAAAGAGACAGAAGUCCCUCCAGUCCUCAGCAAUGUCCACUGUGCAUGAACCCUAGGACCUCUAAAGGCAAGCCUCUAGCUAUGGUCCCAGCUGCAGCUUUCCUGUGCACCAAGCCAACCAUUGACCCAUCCCUGAAAUCAAAGAAUCUGUCCAUUCCGGAAGACAGCAGUUCUGCCUUCAUCUCUCCCCAAGAUUUCCUGGCACCUUUUGGCUCCAUCACUUUGAAUAUGACAGACCAGUCUGGAAAUGAAGCUAGUAUGGUCUGCAGCAUCCAAAAACCACGGAGGACAUCACCCAUUGCAUUCACUGAAGAAAAUGACCAUAUCCUGAUCAAUACAUCAUUUCUGACAUUUCUAGUGUGCAAUAUAGAUUAUGGUCACAUUCAGCCAGUGUGGCAAAUUCUGGCUUUUUACAGUGAUUCUCCUCUUAUACUAGAAAGGAGCCAGUUACUCACUGAAACACCACAGCUUUGUUACAAAUAUAAACAGAUGGCCCCUAACCCUGAAGACAUUUUUACCAACAUAGAGGCUGACCUCAUCGCAGAUCCUUCUUGGUUAAUGCAAGACUACAUUUCCUUGCAGCUGAACAGAAUCGCUACCACACUCAGUACAUUACAGAUCCAGUACUCAGGUCAUGCUCAAGUCACUUUACCAAAGGCAGAGAUGAAGCCCGUGAAACACAAAUGGACCAUGAUUUCGCGGGAUAACAAUACUAACCUGGAACGCACUGUUCUGGUUGGUGGAACCAUUGACCUGAACUGCCCGGGCCAAGGUGACCCCGCCCCACAUUUGGAGUGGGUUCUAGCUGAUGGGAGUAAAGUGAGGGCCCCUUAUGUCAGUGAGGAUGGAAGGCUCCUGAUAGACAGAAGUGGGAAAUUAGAACUCCAGAUGGCCGACAGUUUUGACACAGGCCUGUAUCACUGCAUAAGCACCAAUUAUGAAGAUGCAGAUAUUCUCACCUAUAGGGUCACUGUGGUAGAGCCCCAUGUAGAAGCCUAUCACGAGACUGGAGUUCAUCGCACAGUUUCCAUAGGUGAAACUCUAGAUCUCCCAUGUCAUGCUACUGGAAUCCCAGAUGCUUCCAUUAGCUGGGUUCUUCCAGGAAACAGUGUGCUCUACCAGUCCUUAAGAGGCAAGCAAAUUCUUGACAAUGGCACGUUAAGAAUAUUACAGGUCACCCCAAAAGACCAAGGCCAUUAUCGUUGUGUAGCAGCCAACCCUUCAGGGGUUGAUUUUUUGAUUUUCCAAGUUUCAGUCAAAACAAAAGAACCAAGACCAGUGGUGCAUGAUGGAGAAACAGAUGGAUCUGGAUUUGAUGAGCCCAAGCCUACGGCUCACCUUACGGAGCCACCAGCUGCCCCACCCCCUGUGUCUGCCCCAAUGGGAGCAGAGAUCAGAAACCAAGUCUCACACACAAGUAAGAAACACAACUAUCGGGAAUUUAUGAUGCACCAGCAGCGUGGAGAUGCAGUAAGCCGACGUUUUAGGGAACACAGGAGACAGUUUCCUCCCUCUGCUCGGAAAAUUGAUCCACAACACUGGGCAGCACUUUUGGAGAAAGCUAAAAAGAAUGCCGAGCCAGAGAAACAAGGAACUACCACAGGAAGGCCACUCCCGCCAGUCAUCCAACUCCUGACCAUACCUGGUGAGGAGGGAGACUCUUCAGGGAUGCUCAUACCAGAUGAGGAAUUUAUGGUCCUGGACAAUAAACCUUCAAAUGUCCCAACAAGGACAGUGACAGUUGCCUCUAGAACCACAUCUGAUAGCUCUGUGACAAAUACAGCUUCUGGGACAGAAAUCUCCCCAGUUGUGGGUUCACAAAUACAACCACCUGAAAAACGUGUCGAUUUCAAGCUAUCCACUGCUGUUAGAACUACAGCUGUGUUAAAGAAAAUAAACCCAACCGUGUCAAGCAAAAUGCAAGAUGCAGCCAGUCAACAGUCAUCCACUGUCUUUCCACUACUACCUGGAGCAACUGAAUUUCAGAACACUGACCAGUUGGCUCCCACAAGAGAGCAUUUCCAAAGUGUAUCCCCAGUAACAGUAAAGACUAUGAUUGACGAUGUCAAUGUCACAAGGGUUAGUAGCACUAAUAACAAAGCUGAUGUGUUCUUAGAGUCAGCAAAUACUACAGACAGUCUCCAGAUACCUGUAACAGGUAGCAGUCAGGCCAGGAGCAAUCACUUGAAUUUUUACACCACUCAGAAACUGAAAAAUCCAUCUCUAACAUUGGCUACAGCUCGCCCGCACACCACUAAAACGCAGAGUUCUAGAAACCUCCCCACAGCGAAGGAGCUGCCCUUUCCACCUCUUCACCCUACACCUGCUGGCUUCACAAGCCGAGAGUCAAGGACUGUAAGCUCCAUGUCAAUGAAAACAACCACAGAGGCAGGUCCUCCUACUGCCCCCGUACCUGUCAUCACCUCUGAAAGCCAAAUAGCAAGACCUGGGUCACAGGAAGUACAAAGAACAAAGGAGCCUCGGAAGAACGGGAAUAAACCCGACAUCUCUCCAGGCCAGAGUUCUGGUUUCACAACCUCCAGUGCUAUGAUCCCUCCUGUUCUAACCACAGCUGAUACUUCCAUCAAAUCCAAUGUCUUUGCUUUCACUCUUUCUCCCCUAGCAAACACAAAUGGAAUUUCAAGUCCAAGAGGCCUCCCUUCUAGAACUCUUAAUCUGACAGAUGUAACUGAAGAACCAACCCAAGUGAACACUCCGACUUUGAGGAGCACAGUUGCUUCUGAAACAUUGUCUAGCAGAUCACAAGAGAGUACCACAGCUGGUAAAAUGACCAUCGGACACUCGACCACGCCCCCGAUCCUGAGCAGCAGAGCUACUGUCUCCCCGGUUCCCCUCUCCCCUCCCUUUACUCAAAGUGCAGCUACGGACAACGUGGCAGCUCCCACUUUCAGGACGAUGACAAACUCAUACCCAGAAAUUGCUGAAAAAGGCAAAAAUCCAGUUGCGAACAUGUUGCCUACUACAGGCUGGUCAGAGACCACCACUCAUGCAUCAAAUUGGGACGGACAGAAGAAUGCAAAGAAGAGUGGCUUGGAUGAGAAACCAGUUCAAAAAGUAACAACUUCCAAACUCCUCCCUUUUGACUCUCCAUCUAGGAAUAUAUUUGAAAAGCCAAGAAUCGUGGGAGGGAAAGCUGCCAGUUUUACUGUUCCAGCUAACUCCGAUGCCUUUCUCCCCUGUGAGGCUGUGGGAAACCCCCCGCCCACCAUCCACUGGAGCAGAGUCUCAUCAGUUAUUUUUGAGAACCAAUGCUUCCAGCAAGCAUGGGGAAAGAAUAAUAGAAGGUGGCAGUGUAGCAUGUUGGAAAGCACAGGGAUUGAGAACCAACCUGUGAACCUUAGGAUGGGCAGCAGAAUCCAUGUCUACCCAAACGGAUCCCUGUUUAUUGGAUCUGUCACAGAAAAAGAUGGUGGCAACUACUUGUGUGUGGCAAGAAACAAAAUGGGAGACGAUCUGAUACUGAUGCACGUCAGCCUGAGACUGAAACCUGCCAAAAUUGACCACAAGCAGUACUUUAAAAAGCAAGUGCUUCACGGGAAAGAUUUCCAAGUUGACUGCAAAGCUUCCGGCUCCCCGGUGCCUGAGAUCUCCUGGAGUCUGCCUGACGGAAGGAUGAUCAACAAUGCAAUGCAAGCAGAUGACAGUGGCCACAGGACCAGGAGGUAUGUCCUUUUUGACAAUGGAACCUUGUAUUUCAACAAAGUUGGGAUAGCAGAGGAAGGAGAUUAUACUUGCUAUGCCCAGAACACCCUAGGGAAGGAUGAAAUGAAGGUGCACCUAACGGUUCUAACAGCUGCCCCGCGGAUAAGGCAGAGUUCCAAGGCCAACUCAAGAAUCAAAGCUGGAGACACUGCGCUCCUGGACUGUGAGGUCACUGGGGAUCCCAAACCCCAAAUAUUUUGGUUGCUGCCUUCUAACGACAUGAUUUCCGUCUCCAGUGGUAGGUACACAUUUCAUGCCAAUGGGUCUUUGUCGAUCAACAGAGUGAAACUGCUCGAUUCUGGAGAGUACGUGUGUGUAGCCCGAAAUCCCAGCGGGGAUGACACCAGAAUGUACAAACUGGAUGUUGUCUCUAAGCCUCCUUUAAUCAAUGGUCUGUACACGAACAAAACUGUUAUUAAAACUACAGCUGUGAGGCAUUCCAAAAAACACUUUGACUGCCGAGCUGAAGGGACGCCCUCUCCUGAAGUCAUGUGGGUCAUGCCAGACAAUGUUUUCCUCACAGCCCCGUACUACGGGGGCAGAAUCAGCGUCUACACAAACGGAACCCUGGAGAUUAGGAACGUGAGGCUUUCGGAUUCAGCCGAUUUUGUCUGUGUGGCUCGAAAUGAAGGAGGAGAGAGCGUGUUGGUGGUACAGUUAGAAGUUCUGGAAAUGCUGAGAAGACCGACAUUCCGAAAUCCUUUUAAUGAAAAAAUAGUUGCCCAGCUUGGCAAGUCCACAGCCUUGAAUUGCUCUGUUGAUGGCAACCCACCACCUGAAAUGAUCUGGAUUUUACCCAAUGGCACACGAUUUUCCAAUGGACCACAACCUUCUCAAUAUCUGAUAGCAAGCAAUGGUUCUUUCAUCAUUUAUAAGACAACUCGGGACAACGCUGGAAAAUACCGCUGUGCAGCUAGAAAUCAAGUUGGCUAUAUUGAGAAACUGAUCAUUUUAGAAAUUGGCCAGAAGCCGGUUAUUCUUACCCAUGCAGGAGGGACGGUAAGAAGUAUCAGUGGGGAAUCUCUCUCACUGCACUGUGUGUCUGAUGGAAUCCCCAAGCCCAGCAUCAGAUGGACGGUGCCCAGUGGGUAUGUCUUAGACAGGCCUCACGUUAAUGGGAAAUACAUACUGCACGACAAUGGCACCCUAGUCAUUAAAGCAGCAACAGCUUAUGACAGAGGAAACUACAUUUGUAAGGCUCAAAAUAGCAUCGGUCAGGCACUGAUCACCAUCCCAGUAAUGAUCGUAGCCUAUCCUCCCAGAAUCACAAGCCGCCCACCCAGGAGCAUCCUCACAAGGACAGGAGCAGCCUUUCAGCUCCAGUGUCUGGCCCUGGGAGUUCCAAAGCCAGAAAUCACGUGGGAGGCCCCGGACCACUCCCUGCUGUCAAUGGCGAGUCAAGGGAGAAAACAUGGCCAUGAGCAGCUUCACCUGCAGGGUACCCUCGUCAUUCAGAGCCCCCAAGCCUCCGAUUCUGGGAUAUACAGAUGCACGGCAAAAAACCCACUUGGUAGUGAUCAUGCGACAACGUAUAUUCAAGUAAUCUGACAUGGAGUAGAAUUAAAAUUAAAAAUCUGGACAGACUUUAUUUUUUGGAAGAAGUUUAAUCAAAGGCAGCCAUAGGCGUGUAAAUGAUCUGAAUACAUUUACAAUAUUAAAUUUACAAUGGACAUGCAGAAAGAGACGUAAAUCAAUUGCGUUAUGAACUGAUACUGAUUUCUUUAAGGGGUCUCAAAACAAACUUUUAACUUAAGGCACUUUUAUUUUGCCAACAAAUGAACAUUAAGAGAGAACGGUCCACCAUAAAAUAACACGUGGCUAACGUACCUGAAGUUUUCAGUAAAAACAUUCACUUUUUUCUUUUAGUACUGGUUGCCUAGUGUCCACUUUCUGUCCAUGUUAUAAGCAUGGCACUCCGGACAGAGACGAUGGGGGAAAUCAAACCUGUAGUCUUUAUGUAAAUUUGUCAUCUUGAUGUAUAAAUAUUUUGUGGUCGGUUUAUAAAUAUUUUGCUAAAACCUACAGAAAAUAAGCACUGAACUGUUUUAUGAUUCACCAUUGGUUCACACUGAAAAUUCUCAUUGAUGGAGACAUACAAAAAUGUUUUAAUAACUGCAUUUAAAAAUAAAUGCAGGGUAACUCUUUCACAGGUUUAAAAGCAAGGGAACACCUGCAACAUCAUCAAAUGUGAAAGCGGGGAGUCAUUUUUGUCCAAAUACACACCCACUAAAAAGGUUUU